AUGACACCCACACCCACUGUAACUCUCAACACCGGGGCCAGCAUGCCUAUCGUGGGCUUGGGGACAUGGAGGGUAAGAUAAAGCGCAAUUUGUUUCUUCUAGUCAUCUUGCAUGGAUGGCAUUGAUCAUUGUUGAACUGAACUCGUGGAAUCAACAAUUGGCAGUUAACUGCUUCUUUCCCUUGGCAGCUACUGGCAUGUUCAUCUUCUCAUUUGCCAUAUAUCCUGAGAGUUUUAAUGAACUAUGAUGAUGACCAAGAUUAAGCAUCUUAUUUUUGCACAAAUAUUUUACUGUCACACUUGGAAUCUGGGGUUAGCCUAUACUUGACUUUUGACCUACCAACAUAGGCCAUAAUUUAGUUACAUAACUCUGUGAUAUUUAAUGAUGAUGAUGAUUAUAUUAUACAGUAUAAUCAUAAUUCUGUCAUGAUUAGUAUUUCAACAGUAUUAUGUAGCCUUUCAGACAUAGGCUAAAGUGUGAGGUAACCACAAUAGAACACAAUAUCUAGGCCCUAAUCUGUAAUUCCUCUGAAUCCCUGUGCAGGCAGAAGCAGGCAAGGUAGCAGAGGCAGUGAAAGCAGCCAUCUCUGCAGGCUACAGACACAUAGACGGAGCGUACUGUUACCAGAAUGAGGAUGAGGUGGGGGAUGGUAUUCACACCAUGAUUGGCCAGGGGGUGGUGAAGAGAGAGGAGCUUUUCAUCGUCAGUAAGGUGCGUACGAGGACGAUUAUCGACUUGGUCACUGUGCCAGAAAGGGGAAAAGAAUCACAAGAUACAUUAGUCAUGUUUGUAGAUUUGGUCAUGGAGCCACUAUGAUUUCCCCCUAGAUGCCAGGCAGACAAAGAGCUCCAUACAUGUCAUGUCAUGUACAUGCUCUGUAUGGUGACCAAUGUCAUGCUAGUACUAUCAUUUGUUGUGGGUGCACACUUACUCAACUGCCACACAUCACCAUGACCCUUCAAUUUGUCCAUAGGCUAUAUUGGCAUUUAAAUUGUAUUUCAACAUGCGCUGCAGCAGUCUAAUAUUACUGUGUCUCCCAAAUAGCUGUGGUGUACUCUCCAUCAGAAGUCUAUGGUGAAGGAAGCCUGUCAGAAGACUCUGAGGGACCUCAAACUAGACUACCUGGAUCUCUACCUGAUACACUUCCCUAUGUGUUUUCAGGUACUGUGUGUGUCUGUGUCAAUAAAACUACUCUAUCAGCUUUCAAACUAUCCCUGGUUAAGAGUGAGAGGACUAUUCCCCUGUAACUAGUUUGUUUGUCAUUGCAGCCUGGAGAGAAUCUAUUUCCUAUUGGUGAAGACGGACAAGUAAUCGCAGGUGACAGCAACUUCCUGGAUACUUGGGAGGUAAGGAAAACAAAAAAUGGUAUACUGUAUUCCAAAACAAACAUCCCCAACACUAGCAAACAAGAUCAUACUACAAGACAUUUGACAGUUUACUGAGCUAGAUCUUGACCUAUUGAACAGGCUAUGGAGGAGCUGGUGGAUGCUGGUCUGGUCAAGGCUAUCGGUGUCUCCAACUUUAACAAAGACCAGACUGAAUCCAUCCUGAACAAGCCAGGCCUCAAGUACAAACCUGCCUGCAACCAGGUACUGUAGUCUGCGAUGAUCAAGACAGACAAAAACAAGUCAGUACAGUUUGUAUCAAGGCGUUACUGCCCCAUCUCUGUAUUACCAACACCUCAUCUUUGCAUUUGUCCCUCCAGAUUGAAUGCCACCCCUAUCUGACUCAGGAGAAGCUGAUCAACUACUGUCACUCUAAAGGCAUCUCAGUGACAGCCUACAGCCCUCUGGGCUCCCCAGACAGACCAUGGUGAGCUAGAUCACACUUUUAUAAGAUGUUCCUAAUGUGUAUAAAGUACAAUUGACCUGUACACUGAAAUUAUCCAAAACAUGCAUUGUAUUUAAUUGGUUAUUGACAAUGUUUCAAUGAGCGUGUGCAGUGUCGUACCCUACUCUUUCCCUACUUACAGAUUUAUUUUAGGGCCCACCCACCAUUAAAAAUUACGUGUGUUUGACUUCAUGUGUCAACAUAAGGAAGACUAAAAUAAAUUACAUUUUCAACAGGGCGAAACCUGGUGAGCCAGCUCUGCUUGAGGACCCAAAGAUAAAGGCCAUUGCUGAUAAGCACAAAAAGACCACAGCACAGGUAUGAGAGAAACAACAAUAACCUCUACAAACGGUGAACUUUCCCCUAAUUCUGCCUGUAGUGACAUACUGUAGCCAGAUUUUAUCCUGUAUUUGAAACCUUAUCCAGAAAUAUUCAAUUACACCAAAAAUGAAAGCAAUUGUCUGAGGAUGGUGCUGGACCAGCUGACAAUAAAAAAAUAAAAAUAAAGUUAAAAUCCAGGCAUGUCACAUGAUUGCACCAAACACAGGGCCCUAGUUAUAGGGAAUACAAAGGGCAGAACCAACCGUGUUCUCAAACAUGCUUACUCCUGUAAUUUGUGACAUUCUCCAUUUUCAAUGAAAGUCCAUUCAAGUUGAGGUUAACACGGCUGAUGUACCACUCUUCAAAAUAACCUUACAGUACAAUUAUAUAUGCUGAUAGAUUUAUAUACAAUGAUUAGCCUAUGUAUGAAAUUGGAUAUGGGUCCCAUGUGUAGCGUUUAAUGAAAACGGCUAGGGGUUAGAAUGGGGACAAUCAAUUGUCAAGGUUUUGGCUGUUUUCCAAGUCUUUCUAACAUAAGAAUCAUUGUUUUGAAACUAUGUCAUCUGGGUGAUGGUUCAACACUCACAUGGUAACAGUUACAUUCUUUGGCUGGGUAAAAGGAGUCUUGGUCUAGGGUCAGUCAAGUGACCAAUCCUUGUUCUUAUCCUCUCCACAGGUCCUUAUCCGCUUUCAAAUCCAAAGGAAUGUGAUCGUCAUUCCCAAGUCGGCUACGCCCUCCCGGAUCAAGGAAAAUUUCCAGGUAUUUUUUGACAAUUAUAACUGGAUGGAAGCGAACUUUGGCAGUGUCUUUUCCUAUCACAUAUAACUGCCUAGAUAGAGAUGUGGAAAUCACUGUAAGUGCAUUCUAAGGGCGUGCUUACACAGGACAAUUCUGGAAAGACAGAAUCCUGAAGGAGUUGGUCGCUCAGAGGUUAAAUCCCAGCCUCCCAACCUAGAGGUUCUAGGUUCAAAUCUCAUCUCGUCUGUUUUCUUCAGCUUUCAAUGUCAUGUAUGAAGAGCAGUUCUAAGUGUGGAAGAGCCGUUGGCUCUGGUAAGAAUCUUACCUCUGAUGUACAGGGUUGUAGAUUCGAUCCCAGGCUCAGCUCCUGAAUGUGGUUGCGUUGAUUCUCCAGGAUAGUUUGAAGGCUCUCAGAACUCAUGGAGGUAAAUACCUGGGGUCCCCUCCUGUGAAAAGCAGCAGUUAUGGAGAAAAACUCCUGGAAAAGUGGGCACAUCUCCAUUUUAAAAACGAAGUGCCCACUUUUUCCAGGAGUGGUUUAGCCCGUCCGCUUGUCACGCCCUUCUAGCCAACUCCACUGCCCUCCGGGCAUCAUUGUGUGGCAGCCACUCCCUGAAGUGGCCUUGACUCACUGACCAGCAGUCCUCAGUACCCAACCAUGCUCAAGAGCUGGCACCUGAGUUCGCACCUACAACCUCGUGCUUUGGGGGGGCAAGAUCCUUACACCAGAGCCACAGACCUCUUCACACUUCUUACACUUCUCGUCGUAUACACAUUGUGAAAAACAUUAGGAACUCCUUCCUAAUAUUGAGUUGCGCCCCCCCUACAAUCUUUUGGUUUCAAGUCACCGGUUCCUUCACACUUCUACAUUGUUAUUUUGUCGCCUUCAAACAGGUGUUGGACUUCGAGCUGAAUGACGAAGACAUGAAAGUCAUCCUGGGUUUCAACAGGAACUGGAGAGGAUUCGCUAUGGAAUGGUGAGUCCAGACUGUCUAGAUGCUGACUUCAACCCCACUUUCCUCUUUUACCUGUUCUUCCCUGACGUACCCUCCUCCUCACUGCAGGGGCAACAAGCACAAAGACUUCCCUCUGCAUGCAGAGUACUGA